AUGGCUGGAGGAAAUUGGACAAGGAUAAGUGAGUUUAUCCUCAUGAGCUUCUCCGCCCUACCUACUGAGAUACAGUCCUUGCUCUUCCUGGUGUUUCUCAUCAUCUACCUGGUCACCCUCAUGGGAAACAGCCUCAUCAUUCUGGUUACCUUGGCUGACCCCAUGCUGCACAGUCCCAUGUACUUCUUCCUCAGGAACUUGUCUUUCUUGGAGAUUGGCUUCUUCCCGUUCUGUGCCACCAACAAAGUGAACCACUUCUUCUGUGACAGCCCCCCUGUGCUGAGGCUGGUCUGUGCAGACACAGCACUGUUUGAGAUCUACGCCAUUGUGGGAACGGUUCUGGUGGUCAUGAUACCCUGCUUGCUGAUCUUGUGCUCCUACACACGCAUUGCUGCUGCCAUCCUCAAGAUUCCAUCAGCUAAAGGGAAGCACAAGGCCUUCUCCACCUGCUCUUCUCAUCUCCUUGUUGUCUCCCUUUUCUAUGUAUCCUCCAGUCUCACAUAUUUUCGGCCCAAAUCCAAUAAUUCUCCUGAGAACAAGAAAUUACUAUCAUUGUCCUACACUGUCGUGACUCCCAUGUUGAAUCCCAUCAUCUACAGCCUGAGGAAUAAUGAAGUGAAGAAUGCCCUCAGCCGGACCUUUCACAAGGCCCUUGCCCUCAGAAUCUGUAUCCUAUAA